UGUUCCAUUAUUUAUGUUCGGACUUCGGAUGCGCUGAUUGAUUUCUUUCUUCCUUCCCCUUAUCUUCAGAUACUUCGAUACCAAAAAAAAUUGGAUUGUAGUGGAGGAGAAUUACCGACUCGAGCGACCCAAACUACGAAGAGAAAGAAAAAAAGAAACUGACCGGCGGCGGGAUUCGACGGCGAUCAGGCGCACAGCAGUAGUAGGAUCAUCAUGAAGUUCUGGAAGAGUCUCAGCAUAUUGAUCGAGGAUACGCUGCCCGAAUGGAGGGACAAAUUCUUGUCUUACAAGGAUUUGAAGAAGCAGCUGAAGCUGAUUUACCCUAAGGACGGGGAUAAGCCACCGAGCAAGCGAUUGAAAUCGGAAAACCCCUCCGCCGACUGCUCGGAUUGUAACGGAAGCGGAGGAGGAGAUGUGACGAAAGAAGUGAUCGAUUUCGUGAGGAUCUUGGAGGAUGAGAUGGAGAAGCUGAAUUCGUUUAUCGUUGAGAAGGAAGAAGACUCCGUUAUCAAGUGGAAGGAGUUGCAAGAUAGGGCUGCAGAGGCCAAGGAUUCAAAAGAUGAGCUGAUGAGAGUAGGCAGAGAGAUAGUAGAUCUGCACGGCGAGAUGAUUUUGCUGGAGAAUUACAGUGCCCUUAACUACACUGGGAUUGGUGAAGAUUCUGAAGAAGUACGACAAGAGAAGCGGAGCUCUACUUCGAGUGCCUUUCAUUCGAAAGGUCACGCAGCAGCCUUUCUUCACGACUCAUGUGCUUAACAUGCUUGUGAAGGAAUGCGAGGCGACACUCGACGUCCUCUUCCCCAGGAACGAACCACCAACGUCAUCGGUAGUCCCACCGGAACCCUCUGGUGGGGAAGCGACGACGGCCACACCUGAGGAGAGGUCGUUUAGGGUGCCGAACGAGCUAAACGAGAUCGAGAAUAUGGAGAGCAUGUACAUGAAGCAGACAUUGUCAGCAUUGCGUGUGUUGAAAGAGAUAAGAAGUGGGAGCUCGACGGUGAACAUGUUCUCAUUGCCACCCUUGCAGAGCCAUGCCGCGCUGGAGGAAGAUUGGAAGAAGCUCUCCGUGUUGGAACAAGCUGCGAAGUAGGGUGUGAUUACAGUGUUAUAAUUAAUUUGCAUUGCAGACGUUUGGAAAGCAUUUCUGAUUCUCUAGACGUUUUUGCUUUACCUGGCUUGCUGUGUAUAUCGUCUUGUGUUUUCUUCCCGGAGCUUGUGGAAUUUUAACAGUUUCUAUACUUGCAGAAAGUUGAACCCAUGUAUAACAUUUUGAUCGGUGUGAGGUCAAAUUGGCGUGACUAUAGGUUAAGCUAUGAUAACACCAUUGUGAAUCGAGUAUUAUUAAAUUUCUGAGGGAAUCAUUGUAACAUGACUCUGGUUCUGGUCAACGAUUUAUGGCCUAAUUGGCAGAUAUGGUGUUGUAUCACAAAUGUGAGUUAAGGUAUAAUUGUAUAUCUGGAUACUUUUAGUGCAUGUAAAACAUACAACAAAAAAAUGAUAACACC